ACCGUAUAAUUGGUUGCCUGUACACCCAACUCUCUACACCACAUAACCUACAUGUUUAACUUCACAUUUUCAACAUGUAAACAAAUAGUUAUUAAGCGUAACAGUGAUAAACUAAUUAAUAAGUUGCAACAAAAAGCGCUGAAAUGGAUUUUGACGAUCCCGCCCUUCUCAAAAAACCAAUCAAAGAAAUCGAAGAAAAAUGGAAACUAGUGCCCGCCUUUUUAAAAGUCAAAGGAUUAGUAAAGCAACACAUUGAUUCGUUCAAUUACUUCAUCAACGUUGAUAUUAAGAAAAUCGUGGAAGCCAACAACAAACUAGUUUGUGAUGCCGAUCCUUUAUUCUACGUCAAAUAUACAAAUGUUUAUGUUGGACGACCGGACGUUGACGAAGGCUUCAACAUUAGCAAACCUACAACCCCUCAUGAAUGUAGGCUGAGGGACAUGACGUACUCAGCCCCCAUUUCCGUAGAUAUUGAGUACACUAGAGGCACUCAGCGGGUAUCCAAAGCUGGUUUAAUGAUUGGCAGAAUGCCAAUUAUGCUCCGUUCCUCCAACUGCGUCCUCACCAACAAAUCCGAGUACGAAUUGGCAAAAAUGAACGAAUGUCCUUUAGACCCCGGCGGCUAUUUCGUCGUCAAAGGCCAAGAAAAAGUGAUCUUAAUCCAAGAACAGCUCUCCAAAAAUCGAAUGAUAGUUGAAGAGUCCAAAUUUGGGGUCCAAUGCGCUGUCACCAGCUCCACACAUGAGAAGAAGUCGCGAACCAACGUCGUAUGCAAGGCCAACAAGUACUACCUAGGACAUAACUCCCUAACUGACUUAGUCCCUGUUUCAAUCAUCUUCAAAGCUUUGGAUGUGACAAGUGAUAAAGAAAUCUGCGAAUUGAUCGGAGUUGAGGAUAUUUCUAAACUCACUCCAACGUUAGAGGAGUGCCACACUUUAAAAAUUUACACUCAGCUGGGGGCACUUAAACACAUAGGUUCGAAAUUAGUAGCUAAACGUUACGUGACGUCUGCUAGCAAAAUGAAAACGCCAGUUGAUGAAGCGAGGGACGUUUUGGCGACCACUGUUCUAGCCCACGUGCCUGUGGAAAACUACAAUUUCAGGAUGAAGGCCAUUUAUUUGGGAGUGAUGGUCAAAAGGGUGAUUGAGGCACAGUCGGACAAGAAAUUCAUGGAUGACAAAGACUACUACGGCAACAAGCGUCUCGAAUUGGCCGGCUCUCUCCUUUCUCUUAUGUUCGAGGACGUUUUCAAACGCUUUAACUGGGAACUAAAAUCCAUCGCUGAAAAAACCAUCCCAAAAAUCCGAGCGACUCAAUUCGACGUUGUCAAGUAUAUGCGCUCGGAUCUGAUCACCAAUUGUCUGGUCUACGCAAUUUCGACGGGCAAUUGGACCAUCAAGCGAUUCCGAAUGGAGCGUUUGGGUGUGACUCAGGUUUUGUCACGGUUGAGCUACAUUUCCGCUUUGGGGAUGAUGACCAGAGUUAAUUCGCAGUUUGAGAAAACGAGGAAGGUUUCAGGACCCAGGUCUCUGCAGCCGAGUCAGUGGGGAAUGCUGUGUCCGAGCGAUACACCCGAAGGAGAGGCGUGCGGAUUGGUGAAAAACCUGGCCUUGAUGACCCACAUCACCACCGAUGUGGACGAAUACCCCCUCAUCCGAUUGGCUAACAACGCUGGAGUUGUUGACAUUAACAUGUCCUCAGGCAUGUCCAUCCACUCCCCUGAAACGUUUUUUGUUUUCUUGAACGGUAACAUCCUCGGAACGAUUCGCAACUACAAGAAACUGAUCCACACAUUCCGGAUGUUGCGACGCUCAGGCCUCAUUUCCGGUUACGUUUCCAUCUACCCCAACUUUUUGCAUCGCUGUAUUUACAUUAGUUCGGACGGAGGGCGCUUGUGCCGACCGUACAUCAUAGUCGAGCGCGGACGCCCUCUGGUCACGCAAAACCACAUCAUUGAGCUCGAGAAGGGUAUUAGGAGCUUUGAGGAUUUUUUGCACGACGGUUUGAUCGAGUUCCUGGAUGUUAAUGAGGAAAAUGAUAGUUUUAUCGCUUGUUAUGAGAAAGAUAUCACUGAUUUGACGACGCAUUUGGAGAUUGCUACGUUCACUUUGUUGGGGGUUUGUGCCGGGUUGGUGCCCUACCCACAUCAUAACCAAUCACCCAGGAACACGUAUCAGUGUGCUAUGGGCAAGCAAGCGAUGGGUACGAUCGGUUAUAACCAAAAAAACCGAAUGGACACCCUCUUGUAUAGUCUCGUGUACCCACAAGCCCCAAUGGUUAAAACAAAAUCGAUCGAGUUGACCAACUUUGAUAAGCUCCCAGCCGGUCAAAAUGCCACGAUAGCUGUGAUGAGCUACAGCGGUUACGACAUAGAGGACGCUCUUAUCAUAAAUAAGGCCUCGAUUGAUAGAGGCUUUGGCCGCUGUCUUGUGUACAAAAACUCGAAGUGUGUGAUGAAACGCUACGCCAAUCAGACUUUUGACCGCAUUCAGGGCCCUUUGAUUGACACCACCACCAACGCCCCCAUGUGGAAGCACGCCGUUCUUGACAUGGACGGAAUAGUGGCCCCUGGAGAGUCAGUCGAUAACAAGCAAGUGCUAGUCAAUAAGUCAGUACCGACGGUUUCGGCCGUUCCCGGCAGCCAAACGACCUCAGUCGAGUACAAAGACACGCCCAUUUGCUACCGCAACAACGAACCGAGUUAUAUCGAAAAAGUGCUAGUCAGUACGAACGAAGAGGACACCACAAUAAUCAAAAUUUUGUUGAGACAAACACGUCGCCCCGAAAUCGGGGACAAAUUCAGUUCGAGACAUGGACAGAAGGGGGUUGUGGGCCUGGUGGUGGAGCAGGAAGACAUGCCGUUCAAUGAGUACGGGAUUUGCCCGGAUAUUAUCAUGAACCCUCACGGAUAUCCCUCGCGGAUGACCGUCGGGAAAUUGAUCGAGCUGUUGGCCGGGAAAGCGGGUCUAGUUGAGGGAAAAUUCCACUACGGGACUGCUUUCGGCGGCUCCAAAGUCAAUGACGUUUGUGAGGAAUUGGCCAAGCACGGGUUUAACUACCAAGGGAAGGAUUUCUUCUAUUCGGGGAUCACAGGGGAGCCCCUUGAGGCCUACAUUUACUCCGGGCCUGUCUAUUACCAAAAAUUGAAACAUAUGGUUCAGGAUAAAAUACACGCGAGGGGGCGUGGGCCUCGCGCUGUGUUAACGAGACAACCAACCGAAGGGCGGAGUAGGGAUGGGGGGCUACGGCUCGGUGAAAUGGAACGUGAUUGUCUUAUAGGAUAUGGGGCUAGUAUGAUGUUGAUAGAACGGUUGAUGGUGUCAAGUGACCAGUGUGAAGUUGACGUUUGUAAUCUCUGUGGCCGACUGGGAUACUGUGGAUGGUGUAAUAGUUGUAAAAGUUCAAGAGAAGUUUCAAGUAUUACAAUGCCUUAUGCUUGUAAAUUGCUUUUGACUGAAUUGCAAGCGAUGAAUAUCACAGCAAGGCUUACACUGAAUCAUUAUUGUGAAUAAUUGAUUUAUGAAAUAAACAUAAUUUUUUAAAGUAA